AUGCCCGGGGGCCAGGGGCCGGUGACCAGCACCCUGGAGCUGGGGCCGUCGGGGACCGCAGAGUCCGCAGGGACCCCGGGUCCCCGGCGGUGUGCCUCCCGCGCCAGCGUCCCGCAGAAGUUGGCCGAGGCGCUGAGCAGCCAGUACGGGCUGAACGUGUUCGUGGCAGGGCUGCUACUGCUGCUGGCCUGGGCUGUGCACGCCAAGGGCGUGGGCAAACGCGCCCUGCUUUGCGUGCUCACGGCGCUCAUGCUGCUGCAGCUGCUCUGGAUGCUCUGGUACGUGGGCCGCAGCGCCGCGCAACGCCGCCUCAUCCGCCUCAAGGACGCGCAAGCUGGGGCGCGCUGGCUCCGCGGUAGCAUCUCACUGUUUGCAGUCAUUACCAUCAUCCUAGGAUGCCUUAAAAUUGGAUACUUCAUUGGAUUUUCUGAAUGCUUAUCAGCCACUGAAGGGGUUUUCCCUGUUACCCACACAGUACAUACUCUCUUGCAGGUAUAUUUUCUUUGGGGGCACGCACAGGAUAUUAUCCAGUCUUUCAAGACACUUGAAAGGUUUGGGGUGAUCCACUCAGUGUUCACCAACUUGCUUCUCUGGGCCAACAGCGUCCUGAAUGAGUCAAAGCACCAACUGAAUGAGCACAAGGAACGGCUCAUCACCUUGGGCUUUGGGAACAUAACGAUAGUUCUAGAUGACCACGCACCUGAAUGUAAUUGCACGCUCCCGACUCUCUGCUCGGCCAUCUCACAUGGGAUCUACUACCUGUACCCCUUCAACAUAGAGUAUCAGAUUCUGGCCUCUACCAUGCUCUACGUCCUGUGGAAGAACGUUGGACGCAAAGUCGACGGCCAUCAGCAUCCAAAGAUGCAGUUCAAGUUUAAUGGGGGCAUGAUGGGCUCGGUCCUGGGCCUGACCGUGCUGGCCGCCACCAUUGGGGUUGUGGUGGUGUACAUGAUUCGCAUCGGAAGGUCCAAAACCAAGAGUGAGUCAGCACUCAUCAUGUUCUACCUGUAUGCCAUCGUCUUGCUCAUGCUCAUGGGGGCUGCGGGGCUGGUUGGCAUCUGGAUCUACAGAACUAACGAGAAAUCACUAGAUGAGUCCAAAAACCCAGCCCGCAAACUGGAUGCAGACCUCUUGGUGGGCACGGCUUCCGGCUCCUGGCUCAUUUCCUGGGGCUCAAUCUUGGCCAUACUCUGUGCGAAGGCCUGCCCCCCGUACACCUGGUACAACUUGCCCUACUCCAUCCUGGUGAUUGUGGAGAAAUACAUCCAGAAUCUCUUCAUCAUUGAGUCCAUUCACCGGGAGCCCGAGAAGCUCUCUGAGGACAUCAGGACCCUUCGGGUGGUCACUGUCUGCAAUGGCAACACCACCUCCCUCCCUUCUUCCUGCCUCAAGAGUGGAGGUGUGGCCGAGGAGGUGGCUCCCCAAGAUGGGGAGAUGCCACAUGCGGUCAAUGGAAAUAUGUGUCUGAGAGAAGGCCAUGGCAAGGAGGAAGAGGAGAGCAGCUGGGAAGGGGCCCCAGGUCCAGCCCACUGCCCCCGUUUCUUGCAGUGCAACACCAAGAGAAGAGUCCUAAAGAACAUUGCAGCAUUUUUGUUCCUCUGCAAUAUUUCGCUUUGGAUACCCCCUGCCUUUGGCUGCCGCCCAGAGUAUGACAAUGGAUUGGAGGAGAUCGUCUUUGGCUUUGAACCUUGGAUAAUUGUGGUCAACCUGGCCAUGCCCUUUUCCAUUUUCUACCGAAUGCAUGCAGCUGCCUCCCUCUUUGAGGUCUAUUAUAAGAUCUAGACGGGGGAGCCGCUAAUAAGAGGUCUCAUUGGAGCCACCUGCGAAUGGCCAGGUUGGGCAAA